AGUGCCGAUGACAUUUGUAGGAGGUCAAGAUGUAAUUCACGUUCGCCAUUCAUCGAGUUAGCGUUGCAACCGGCCUCUUUUGGCCUGACAAUGCUUGCUCGACGCGGUGCGGCUGCGGUGCCACUGGUCCAAGCGUCACGAAGUUUGCUCCAGCAGCUUCGAUUCAAAGGGCAGCAGCCACAGGUGCCACAGGUGCACAGAAGUCUGGCGGGAACGGCGGACCUGCUCACGAUCAAUGUGCGACACUUGCUGAGCUCCCUGAAGCUCAGGAUUUUGGAUUUGGUCUACCCAGAGACCUGGAGUGCGCGUGAUUUUCGAGAAGGGACAGUGACCGCAUUCAAGUCUGUGAAUAGCUUGUUGGACGAAGGGGACUUCCUUUUACUGCGCCAGCUCUUGGAUGAGAAGUUGCUGGAGGAUCUUCGAAGCAGUCAUGCACACCUCACUGAGGGCUUGAAAUAUGAGCUCGUAGAGGUGUACUAUCUCGGCAUAUUUCACGCCAUGGCAAAGGAGGAUGACCAAGGUUUCGAAGCUGUUUUUGUCACACCCUUGCUCCGCGUCACCGAGAAGUACACCUCUUUGAAGGACGAAAGUGUUUGGUGGGAAGUUCGACGCUUGCACAAAUGGACCUUCAAGCGGAUCUUACUGGGUGAGGAUGCAGCAGACUGGCAGAUUGCCCUUGAUGAGUGCAUUUGCUUGGUCCUCGAUGCUGAUGAAUUCUUUCAGAUCGUCGGCCACUUCCGGGACGAGCUGGAACGGCGGAUGCAACUGCAGGACUUGAACCUCUCCAUCUCAGACCUCCAGUGCAAAGCCGUGGUGGGCCGUGGCACCUUCGGCGUGGUGCGCCUGGUCACGCCCAAGGGGAAGAAGGAUGCCCCAGAGUAUGCACUGAAAUGUGUGAAGAAGGCCCAGGUGGUGAAGGGCCGCCAGGAACGCGCCAUUGUCAUGGAACGCGAGGUGAACAUGCAAUGCUACCACCCCUGCAUUGUACAGUUCAUCAAGACCUUCCAGGACAAAUACAACGUCUACUUCCUGACGGAAUUCUUGGGUGGUGGGGACUUGUUCUAUGCGAUCCGCCUCAUCGGGGCCCUCACGAAGCUGCAGUGCCAAUUCUUCUCCGGAUCGAUCGCGUUAGGUAUUGAGUACUUGCAUGGCCGUGGCAUCAUGUACCGCGACUUGAAGCCGGAAAAUGUCCUUUUGGACUUCGCCGGGCGUGCCAAGUUGGUGGACUUCGGUUGCUGCAAGAAGGAGAUCCGUGCCUCCACCUUGGUGGGAACUCCGGAGUACUUGGCUCCUGAGGUGAUCAAAGGCAAGGGCUACACCAAGUGCAUUGACUGGUGGUCUUUGGGUGUCAUGCUCUAUGAGUUCAUUGUGGGCCCCAUCCCCUUUGGAGCCGGCGAGGAGGAUCAAAUGAAGCUUUUUGCUGCCAUUUGCGAGGCUCCACUCGCUUUCCCUGCCUACGUGCCCGAGGAUGCCAUGCAGGUCCUCGCGGGGCUCCUGGAGCGGCGCCCCGAGCGGCGACUGGGGUCCUUCGGUGCCAAGGAGAUCAAGAAGCACCAGUGGUUCAAGCUGUUCGACUGGGACGCCUUGGCGGGUGGCUUUUUCCCACCGCCGUGGCAGCCGGACGCCAAGGUGCAGAUGAGCAAUUGGGAGGAGCCAGAUGGAGAACUCAUGGACCACGUGAGUACGGAGAGCUUCACCUUUGGCAAAGGCAUGGAGUGGGCCAAGGGAUUUUAA